UGUCCUUUCGCUUUACGGCAGAGCGGCAUGUGGAGGUCAAAGAUGGCAGCAACGACGAGAAACUGAAAAGCUACUCUGAUCAGAUAUAAACAUCUCGUGACAGUGAUAUCUACGAGGGCCUGGAUUUAGACAGAGCACUAUCGAUAAAGAAAAUCGCUCAGUCUACGUCGUGGCUUUCAGUUUUGGUUAGGCUAACACAGCGAGUCAGGCAUCUGGUCAUCUAACGUUAGGCGGUUUUCCUGUAUCAGAUUAAUAGAAAUGGAUAAUAAUGCACCCGGAGCAGGAGGAUCUAAAGGGGGAUUGGGAAGCCUUUUCGGUGGAGGAGGCCCUGAGUAUUCAAAUACCGAGCUCUCAGGAGUACCAUUGACUGGUAUGAGCCCUCUAUCGCCGUACCUCAAUGUUGAUCCGCGUUACCUUUUACAGGACACAGAUGAGUUCAUCUUGCCAACUGGGGCAAAUAAAACCCGAGGCCGCUUUGAGCUGGCCUUUUUUACCAUCGGGGGAUGCUGUAUAACAGGUGCUGCUUUCGGCACCGUAAACGGGCUCCGUAUGGGGCUGACGGAAACAAGAGACAUGGCAUGGUCAAAACCCAGAAAUGUGCAGAUUUUGAACAUGGUCACACGACAAGGGGCGUCUUGGGCCAACACACUAGGAUCUGUGGCUCUUUUAUAUAGCGUGUUUGGUGUGGCCAUUGAGAAGGCUAGAGGUGCCGAAGAUGACCUCAACACAGUGGCGGCAGGAACUUUGACAGGGUUGCUUUUUAAAUCCACAAGUGGACUCAAAGGAGCGGCCAGAGGAGGUCUUGUUGGUUUGGCCUUGUCAGGACUAUAUGCGCUCUACAGCAACUGGAAUCAUUUGAAGGGGACUUCGCCUUCACAUUACUGAGAGCUCAGAUCAUGGACUUAUUUUGACUCUGAGCUCAUCCUUAGUCCGUAUCACAAUUUUUAUUCCCAUGUCAACUUUUGGAGAAGCACCAGUUUCCUCUUGAGGUAUCUCAUGGAGAACCAGAUGUGUACAGGCUUCUUCAGGGGUUUAUUAAGUAUAAUAUUUAAUUUGCGGAGUCAUGCAUUGCUGCAAAUCUGUUUUGUUGGUAAUGCAUCAUUUGCAGUUGAUGCUCAUCUAAGACGGUCGAAAAACACUGUGUUGUGUAGAAAUGUAUUUUGUCAUGUAUUUCUGGUUUGAAGUUUUGUAAUUUGUUUGUCCCAUGGCCACAUCCGCUCUGCCAUAAUCUAAAAUAAAAUGCAACUGUUUGACAGUCUUCAUUUAGUGGAGCCGGAAGCAGUGUCUGCUGUGUUUGU